CACCAUGCCUGGAGCACAGAAGCGUUCUCUCUUGAAGGACAGACCUCACGUGGACAAUCGACAUCCGGAACCUUCGAAGGGGACGACUUUGAUAGUCGGACACAAAAUGGACGACGUACCAGAGAAUGCACCUGAGCACUGUCCAGGUACAAGGAGUGAACAGGCAGGAAAGUCUUCAUCAUGCCAAGGCUGCCCCAACCAAAAACUGUGUGCUUCUGGAGCCACUAAGGCCCCAGACCCAGCCAUUAAGGAAAUCGGAGCAAAGCUGUCUACGGUCAAACACAAGAUCCUUGUGCUGUCUGGAAAAGGGGGCGUGGGGAAGAGUACGUUCAGUGCUCACCUGGCUCACGCCUUAGCAAGUGACAUCACCAAGGAGGUUGCCCUGUUGGAUAUAGACAUCUGUGGUCCGUCCAUUCCUAGAAUGAUGGGGCUGGAGGGAGAGCAAGUACAUCAGAGCGGCUCAGGCUGGUCCCCUGUGUAUGUGGAUGACAACCUGGCUGUCAUGUCAAUUGGCUUCCUGCUGGGUAGUCCGGAUGAUGCUGUGAUCUGGAGGGGUCCCAAGAAAAAUGGAAUGAUCAAGCAGUUUCUGAGGGAUGUGGAUUGGGGGGACCUGGAUUACCUCAUAGUUGACACACCCCCUGGCACAUCUGACGAGCACCUGUCAAUUGUGCAGUACCUAAGCUCCACCCAUGUUGAUGGGGCCGUCAUCAUCACCACCCCACAGGAAGUGUCCUUGCAAGAUGUCCGAAAGGAGAUUCGCUUCUGUCAGAAGGUCAAACUGCCCAUCAUCGGAGUGGUGGAAAACAUGAGCGGCUUUGUGUGUCCCAAAUGCAAGAACACAUCGCAGAUCUUUCCUCCCACCAGCGGGGGCGCUGAAAAAAUGUGUGCAGACCUGAACCUGCCCCUGCUGGGCAAGGUGCCACUCGACCCAAGGAUAGCAAAAAGCUGUGAUGAGGGCAGGUCAUUCCUCAACCAAGUACCCGACUCCCCUGCGGCUGAAGCCUACCAGAGGAUUGUGCAAGGUGUCAAGGACUACUGUUCCAAACAUACCACAGACGAGGAGAACACUGGUUGAGCCCACAGUUGUGGCAGCCCUGUUGGACCAAAGCUAAGACAUCACAGUAUUUCAUAAACGCUAGAUACGCACACUGGAAAGACAUUUAAAAAUGUGACUUUCCAUAUAAAUGAUCACGUUACGAUUCGUUUGAAAACACUUUGGAAUACAGGAAAACCUGAACAAUGAGUAGAACUUAACAUUGGGACAUGGCUUUCUUACUGUAUGAACAUGUGUGAUGUUUUUCAAGACACACAGCAUAUGCUUUAGUACCAAUGUUGCUUUCAACACUGAACAUCAGGUGUAAAAAUGACUUGACAUACAGUAUAUGUUGCCUUAAUUCCUUGUUUUCAGUCAUUGGGUUUCAUUACUAUUUUCAAAUCAACCAUUGGAUGGGAAACAUUUUUACCGUGAUGAUAGAAUUAUCAUUUAGUACACCCAGUGCAUCAGAAUAAUUGGCCGAUCGUAACACAUAAAAGCAAUAGGUUAAAAUGCUCAGUCCACACUUGAAUUGAAAUGUGCCCCAACUUUUUAGAAUAAUGUGGAGCGUUUGGCUAGCAUGUCUGCUUCACAUUCAAAGAUUCUGCGUUUGAAUCCUGACUUGGACCAAACACAAACAGUUAGCAGUUUGCAGCAUAUCAAAACAGUGGUAAAACAAAAAUGCCAGUUUUUCAAAGUCAAAGCUGAUGUGUGUGAAUAUCUUGUUUUGCCUAAAAGACAAACAUAAUAGGCCUGCUUCCAUGGAUGACUAAGGGAAUUAAAAAAUAAUCACAUUUGAGAGGCUGAAAUCAGAGGAUAUUUACACUUUACAAUUACAAAAAGAUUAAUUGAUAUCAAAAUAGUUGUCGAUGGAUUGGGUCGUCGUGUCACAAGAUCUCGUGAGACUACAAGGUGACAAGAUUUCACGUUCAGAAAUAAAUGAAUUAAUC